UGUUAAAAAACGUCAUACCUAUUUUUUUUCUCUGUACAUAUUCUUACUCGUUAGUACGAGUAAAUUUCUAACUGAAUUCGGUGGAUAAUAGAUUUAGAAUUGUAAUAAAAUAUUAUUUCUGUUAUCCAGUUUUGACUUGGUUAUAGGUAUUUGCUUUUUGUACUUUGACUGUUUCUGAGCUAUGGAAAAUUUACAGAAUACUAAGCUGUGUUUUAAAUCGGUUUGUUUUAUCAAAAACAAAAUUGGAAUGAAACGGUUGACAUAACAGUCAACACUUACCUAGCUACUAAAUAUCCAGUUUGUAAUUGUGAAAUGAAUGCUACUAUUGACCAUUUUUAAUAGAUCAAAUUGUACAAUGGCUGACUCUAUUGUAGAGAAUGAAUCAAGUUGUAUUGAAAAAGAUCAAUUAUCGUGUUCAACAAGCUCAUUACCUCCUGUUAAUCAUGUAUUGACCGAUACAUCUAACUUAGAUGAUAAUUCUAAAUUAUUGAGUAAAGAGUCUCCUAUUAAAUCAGAAAAAUCUAUAAAAGAUGUGGAACAUAUAUCUCCUACUUCUCCAAGUAAUGAAAACAAAAUACACGAUUUUGAAGUUGGUGAUAUUGUUUGGGCUAAAAUUGGAAAAUAUCCAUUUUGGCCUAGCAUAGUCUGUAUUGAUCCAGAAACUAAUAUUCACAUUAAAGGAACACCUCAAAAUAAAAGAAAAUUUUCAUUACACGUACGAUUUUGUAAUGAUCAAGGCAGAAGAAGUUGGGCUAAAAUUGUAGAAAUGUAUAAUGGAAAAGAUAAGUUACUCACAGACCAUCCCAAUUGUUUAGCACUAAUCAAAAAUAGUAAGAAGCAAAUGAUGGUAUGGGAUUCGGCUGUGAAAGAAGCUGAUAAUUGGUUGAAAAUAAAUAGAGAUGAAAGAAUGGAAAGAUUUUCCAAAACAAAUGGUUUGAGUCGUUCCAAAUUAAGUGGUUUAGGUCCAGUCAAAAAGACUUUGGCUCCCAAGACUUCAAUUGCAACAUCUGAUGACAACUCUAACAUCCCUACAGUUGAAGAAUUUUUAGCAAGCAGGAGAGCUAUUGAUCUUGCUGCUCGAGCAAAAUUAUGUGAACCAAGUACGAGUGGUUCUCAAGAGACAAAAUUUAAAGCUAGUACUAGUAAUUCUUCUAUGCCUCAAUGUUAUGUUCAUUUAAAAGAUAUCGCAAAUAAAAGACCCAAAGAAAAACCUAUAGAACUACCAAAAAAUGUUAUGGAACCACCAAAAAAAGCUAUAAAAAGGAAAUAUGUUGAUUUAGAAAAGAAACAGUUAAGGGAAACUUUAAAGAAGAAAAAGGCCAAAAGAGCAUUGCAAGUUAAAAAAUAUGGCUUUUCUUAUUCUUCAUCUGAAUAUGAAAGUACUGAUGAUGAAGCUCUACCCUUAGUACCUUUUAAUCCAAAUCGGAAGGUGUUGCAAUCAAUUAAAUUUGCAGUAGCAAAUUUAGAAUCUGAAGGAAUAAAAAAACUUAAGGAAAAAAGAAUUUUGAUUAAAGCUAUACGACUUGCUGAAAAAACUUCCAAUUCUAAGAAAAUUAAAGAGGAAGAGGAAGAAGAUUAGCAAUAACAAUAUAAUAUAUAUUUGUAAAGAG